AUGGAGGGACCAAGGGCCACCCCUCAGUCUUACUGGGACCUGGGUCUGGAAAAAAUAUUCAGGGUUGUGCCAGCAUUGCCUGAAGAUGGAAGACCAGGCCCUAAUCCUAAUACCUUUCGUCCUGAGCUGGUAAUAUGUGCAGCUAUUGGAUAUUUUACUGUUCUCUUGUUUUUGUGGAGAAGUGUUCAGUCUCUUAGAAGCAGGCUUUAUGUGAAAAGAGAAAAAAAGCUUGCUCUAAAACUUUCUGAACUAAUUGAAGAAAAAUGUAAACUACUUGAUAAAGUUAGUCUUCUUCAAAAAGAGCAUGAAGGCUUACAGUUAUCUUUAAAGGAUGCCAAUUGUGAGAAGGCAUCAAAAGAAGUGCAACAUUUGGAGAUAAUACAUGAAAUGCUGAAUAGUUCCAAAUCUAAACUUGAGGAUAAAAUACUCUUUCUAGAAAAAGAGCUAAGAGAAGAGAAAUCUAAACAUUCUGAACAGGAUGAAUUGAUGGCAGAUAUAGCAAAAUGGGUAAAGUCCCUAAGAGAGGAAUCAAAAUCCCUCAAACCACAAGUAGCUGAAGCUAAAACAACCUUCAGAAUUCUUCAAAUGAAUGAAGAAGGACUUAUGGCAGCAAUAAAAGAGGCUUUGAAUGAAAAUUCCAAACUGCAGGAAAGUCAGAAACACCUUUUACAAGAAGCUGAAGAAUGGAAGGAAAAAGUGAGUGACCUUAAUAAACAGAAAAUAAAAACUGAAGACUCUAAAGUACAGGCAGAACAAGUUCUGUGUGAUAAAGAGAAUCACAUUAAGUCUCUGACCGAAUGCUUGCUUCAGAUGAAAGAUCAGGCUCCUGUGUGUGAAAAAGACCUAACAGAUGAUGGUAACUUAGAGCUGAAGAUGAAGAGUGAAUCAGAAAUUGGUGCUCACUUAGGUAAUCAGCUAAAAGUAGCUUCGAAGGAACUGGUUUAUGCUGCUGAGUUAAAUGCCUCUUUAAAAAUAGAAGGAGAAAUAAACCAAAUUUAUACUUUAUUAUCUGAAGUAGAUGAAACAAAGAGUCUUAUAGAAUGUAUUAAAAAUCUUCAGACUGAACAAGAAAAUUUGCGGUCAGACAAUACACAGUUUGAAAAUGAGAAUCAGAAACUUCGGCAGAAACUUAAAGUAAUGAUUGAACUGUAUGGAAAUGAAAUGAAACUCCACCAGAAAUUAAUAGUAGAGGAAAAGUGCCCUUUAGAGGAAGAGGAGAGACUUUGCAAAGUGGAUAAAAGGAUCAGCCUUGCAGCUAAACAGCUGGAGACCUAUAGAAAGCAAGCCAAAGAUUUUGAGGAAGAAUUGGAAAGAAGCAUCCAUUUUUAUGAGAGGCAGAUUAUUUUCUAUGAGAAUAAAGCUUGUGAUGAUGAGUUGGCAGCUUCGACUAUUGAAAGAAACCAUGAGUAUUUAAGGAAAUUAAAUGCUCACAACAGACAAAAAUGAACUGAAAUGGAGUUUAAAUUUAAGUUUCUAGAAGAAGAUCCUUAUGCACUUGAUGUUUCAAAUACAGCUUUUGGAGGAGGCUCAGGAGGCCCAGAGGACCCUCUGGACCAUCAGAUUAGCAUUGAAAGAAGAGAAUCAAGCUAUGAUUCGGUAACUGAUCCUUAUAGAGCACCUGCUGACGCUGGGCCCCUGUCAUCGCCACAGGAACCGGAAGGCAAGAGGAUGAUCCCUCCACCAGAGUCUGGCUUCUUAAAGGUGGGUUGCUUCUUGGAGGUGCAGAGUGCGGCGUGGGGCAUGGGUCCUGCAACCUGCAACCUAGAGGUGCGUGCUAGAAGUGCGUACUAUGAGAGGUGCUUCUUAGCGGUGCAUCCUGCCAUCUCCUCCCAGCGGGUGGUAUUUGAUGGGGACUCUUCCUUCCAGGAAAUAAUAAGACUGGUGCUGGAGUGCAUGAACCAACUGCACGUCUACAGCAGUGCCACGUACUUGUCUGACGUGACACCACUGGGCAAGAAGCCAAUGAGUUUUGAAAACCAUCCUGAAUUCUCUGUAUGA